GCUGCCGCCGAGCCCCGGGGCAGGGACGAGGUGGAGCUGCGGCAGCCCCCCGCCUCUGUCAGGAGCUGGCUAGCGCUGUCACCUGUGGGGGCGCAAAAGUUACCUCCCCAAACCCUAAAGCAGCACGGCACAACCUUUCCCCGAGUCACAAAAAUCAUAAUAUGUGCCACACAAGCUGAUAUUAACUUAUGGACUCCAAAGAAUCAUUAACUCCUCCCAGUAGAGAAGAAAUCCCCAGCAGUGUGCUUAGUCAGGAGAGGGGAAGUGUGAUGGAUAUCUAUAAAACCCUAAGGGGAGGAGCUACUGCGAAGGUUUCUGCAUCUUCACCGUCACUGGCUGUUGCUUCUCAGUCUGACUCCAAGCAGCAAAGACUUUUGGUUGAUUUUCCAAAAGGCUCAGUAAGCAAUGUGCAGCAGCCAGAUCUGUCCAAAGCAGUUUCACUCUCAAUGGGACUGUACAUGGGAGAGCCAGAAACAAAAGUGAUGGGAAAUGACCUGGGAUUCCCACAGCAGGGCCAAAUCAGCCUUUCCUCUGGGGAAACAGACUUUCGGCUUCUGGAAGAAAGCAUUGCAAACCUCAAUAGGUCGACCAGUGUUCCAGAGAACCCUAAGAGUUCAGCAUCUGCUGCUGCUUCUGCUGUCCCCACAGAGAAGGAGUUUCCAAAAACUCUCUCUGAUUCAUCUUCAGAACAGCAAAAUUUGAAGGGCCAGACUGGUACCAAUGGUGGCAAUGUGAAGUUAUAUACCACAGACCAAAGCACCUUGGACAUUUUGCAGGAUUUGGAGUUUUCCUCUGGGUCCCCAGGUAAAGAGACGAGUGAGAGUCCAUGGAGAUCAGAACUGUUAAUGGAUGAAAACUGUUUGCUUUCUCCUUUGGAAGGAGAGGAUGAUCCAUUCCUUUUGGAAGGAAACUCGAAUGAGGACUGUAAGCCUCUCAUUUUACCGGACACUAAACCUAAAGUUAAGGAUAAUGGAGAUCUGAUCUUAUCAAGCCCCAGCAGUGUACCACUGCCCCAAGUGAAAACAGAAAAAGAAGAUUUCAUCGAACUCUGCACCCCUGGGGUAAUUAAGCAAGAGAAACUAGGCCCAGUUUACUGUCAGGCCAACUUUUCUGGAGCAAACAUUGGCAAAAUGUCUGCCAUUUCUGUUCAUGGCGUGAGUACCUCUGGAGGACAGAUGUACCACUAUGACAUGAAUACAGCAUCCCUUUCUCAACAGCAGGAUCAGAAGCCUAUUUUUAAUGUCAUUCCACCAAUUCCUGUUGGUUCAGAAAAUUGGAAUAGGUGCCAAGGAUCUGGAGAUGACAACUUGACUUCCUUGGGGACUUUGAACUUCCCUGGUCGAUCGGUUUUUUCUAAUGGCUACUCAAGCCCCGGACUGAGACCAGAUGUAAGCUCUCCUCCAUCUAGCUCUUCAACAGCAACGGGACCACCUCCCAAACUCUGCCUGGUGUGCUCUGAUGAAGCUUCAGGAUGUCAUUAUGGAGUCUUGACUUGUGGAAGCUGUAAAGUAUUCUUCAAAAGAGCAGUGGAAGGACAGCACAAUUAUCUCUGUGCUGGAAGAAAUGAUUGCAUCAUUGAUAAAAUUCGAAGAAAAAACUGCCCAGCGUGCCGCUACAGGAAAUGUCUUCAAGCUGGAAUGAAUCUGGAAGCUCGAAAAACGAAGAAAAAAAUAAAAGGAAUUCAGCAGGCUACAACAGCGGUCUCUCAAGAAAAUUCUGAAAAUCCUUCUAACAAAACAAUAGUUCCUGCAACAUUACCACAACUCACCCCUACCCUGGUGUCACUGCUGGAGGUCAUUGAACCUGAUGUGUUAUAUGCAGGAUAUGAUAGCUCUGUUCCAGAUUCAACUUGGAGGCUCAUGACCUCACUCAACAUGUUAGGUGGGCGGCAAGUAAUUGCAGCAGUGAAGUGGGCAAAGGCGAUACCAGGAUUCAGGAACUUACACCUGGAUGACCAAAUGACCCUACUGCAGUACUCAUGGAUGUUUCUCAUGGCAUUUGCCCUGGGAUGGAGAUCAUACAGACAGACAAGUGCAAACAUGCUGUGUUUUGCUCCUGAUCUGAUUAUUAAUGAGGAGAGAAUGAGUCUACCCUACAUGUAUGAGCAAUGUAAACAUAUGCUAUAUGUUUCCUCUGAGUUAAAAAGGCUUCAGGUAUCUUAUGAAGAGUACCUCUGCAUGAAAACCUUACUGCUUCUCUCUUCAGGUUCAGGGCCCGGCACCAGGAAUCCCCAGAGGCUGCUGCUGGCCAAAACCAAACUGGAGGUCUGUUUCAAGAAGCUGGACAGACAGUCCCCUAGGAAGGGUACCCGGGAGCAUAGGAAUGGCAAUGGUAUCCACAUUAGGCCUGGUCUUUAG